AUGGGGUUAAGGGAUUACUUCAAAGGCGUGCGCAAGAAAGAUCAGGGACAGACCAGGCUGAACAAAGGCGAUACGCGCCCAGCAACAACAGUAAACACUCAGAAUUCGGUGUCAACGUCACAACCUACGACACAGACUGCCAGUAAUACAAUACUUUCUGCCAAACCGCGAUAUGUCAAGCGGGACUUGUGGGACGAAGCCUAUGAGGCUCUCCAAGCUCAGAAUCAGGAUUUGAUUCAGAAGUAUGAGGAAAUCAUACUCGAAUAUGACAAACAGAACGCCGAUGCUACGACGCAGCAAUUAGCCCCGCCAAAGUCCUCAAGGCGAGAAGAACAAUUACGACAGAUAGCGAGCCAAAAGAUUGACGAGGUAGAUCUCGCUAAAUGGCAGAUCAAGAUUGGCAAUCGCUCGCUCGUUCUUCGUGACCAAUUUGACAAAGCAGUCAAAGUCGUCAUAGCAACCAAGGAGUUUAUAUCUUCUGCUGUUAGCUCCGAGCCUCAUGCUGCAUUAGCCUGGGCUGGAGUAUGUAUAUUUCUUCCUCUACUGGAGAAUCCCACGCGUCAAAGCAAAGAUGUUCAAGAUUGCCUGGAGACUAUCCCCUUUAUUGUUCGGCGUCUAAGAGUCAUGGAAAGACUCAUUCGGCCGGACUCAGCCCAAGAUACUUACAAUGUGGAUAGUUUUGCGUUGAUUCAGGACUUCGAGGAGACCACGAUCAAGUUGUAUCAAACAAUACUUGAGUUUCAAAUUAGGGUUGGCAGACACUACUCGGAGCUCUGGGCUACGCGAUAUGGAAGAGACGUAAUCAAGGCCGACGAUUGGGCUGAUUUGAAGAGCCAGAUAAAUUCACUCGAAAGCAAAUGCACCAUCCUCGCGCGAGACCUCAGCCUGGAAAAUAUUGAAGCCGGCCUGCAGUCAAGCGACCUUCACGUCCGACAGGGCUUCGACCAGAUCCAGAAAGAGCUUGCAAGGACUGCAACUAGUAUUGACCAUCAGACAAUCAUACAGUCAACAUGGCGCCAGACAGACGAGGAACGAGAAGUGGUGCAACUCUUUCGAAAUGGUAAUCCUUAUGAAAACCAGAAAAAUCGAAUACCAAAACGAGUUUCUGAAACCUGCAAUUGGGUUUUGAAGAACAAGAAGUUCUUGGAAUGGGAACAGAGCGACGUAUCCGAUCUGCUUUGGCUAUCGGCAAAACCAGGUUCGGGGAAGUCAGUGGUAGCAAAGACUUUAGUUGAUGAACGACUGAGGGCCACCCAGCCAGGUUAUGCUAUCUGCUAUUUCUUCUUCAAGGAUAUAUCUUCCUACCAACGAAGUCCAGCCAGCGCUCUGGCGGCAAUUCUCCACCAGCUGUUUUCCGCCAUUCCUUCGCUUGUGAGACAUGCAUUAUUUCCAUACGAGCUCAACGGAAAAGAGCUUCCGCUUCUUCUGGGCAUCAUGUUUGGCAUACUCAUCGAUGCGGCUACCGAUCCAGCUGUGACACAGAUUAUAUGCGUUCUGGAUGCCCUCGACGAAUGUGACGAGAAGGAGCGAUUAUUCUUGAUUGAGAAGAUAACCAACUUCUAUCGCGAUUCGAAAAGUUGCUUGCCAGAUCAGCAACCAAAGUUGAAGUUUUUCUUGACGAGUCGACCGUAUGAUGACAUCCAGUUCCAGUUCCAUCAACUCAUUCAAGAGGUACCCACAAUUCACUUAUCAGGGGACGAAGAAUCUGCAGGGAUCAGCAGCGAGAUAGACAGAGUUACAAUAACAAAGGUGCAGCAACUGGCAGGUGAGAAGGGAUUUGAUCACGAUACGACAGAGUUUCUGUUGGACAAGUUGCUGCAAGUCGAGAACAGAACGUACCUAUGGCUAAGUUUGCUCAUGGAGGAGAUAAGAACCAGCCAUCGGCGAGGGAACCGGAGAGAGAUCGAAAGGCUUGUCUCAGAACUACCGCGCAGUGUCAUGGAUGCCUAUGACUCAAUUUUGAACAAGUCGCGAGACAAGCAGCUUGCGCGUGAAUUGUUGCAUAUCAUCCUCGCUGCUAAAAGGCCUUUGAGCUUGGAAGAGAUGAGUGUUGCUACAGCAUUGGCUGGAGAUCUUAGUUACAACUCCUACGAAGAUAUUGGGUUGGAAAGCCCAAAUGCUUUUGGAAGAAGGAUUCAGAAUAUCUGCGGUUUGUUCGUGACCAUAGAUGACGGUCAUGUUUUUCUCAUUCACCAAACUGCUAAGGAGUACCUGAUGGAAAAGGAGAAUGGUGGUAGUGGUGAUUGGCGGCACACCUUUCAUCCCAAUGAUUCCGAAACACUUAUCAGCAGUGUUUGCAUUUCUCUUCUUUCCUUUGAGUGCUUUGAGAAGGAUCCGCUUCCAGAUGAAGGCUUUAUAGUAUACGAAGAGAGUGGUGUCAAUCCGGGAUCCGUCAGUUCAUUUGGUAUUAGUAACGCCAGGGAGGGAAAUGUAUAUGUAUCUGGUUCCUAUCUUGAGGAUCAUCCAUUCUUGGAUUAUGCUGCCAAAAAUUGGACAGAACACUGUAAAAAUUGUGAACUCGAGUCUCAAGAAGUGUGGCAACCACGUAUCACCACGAUUUGUGACACACGCUCGCUGACAUUUCAACGGUGGUUUGCAAUAUAUCGACACGCAAACGAUGGGCACCUCCCCGAGGUCAUGACUUGUUUGAAUGUGGCCGCGGAAUUUAAGUUCUCAAAUAUACUCCGUCGUUUCUUAGAGCAGGGCGAAGAUCCAAACGAACCUGAUGCACAGGGAGCGACUCCCUUGCAGCGCGCCGCUAAUAGCUCCAAAGAAGCGACGGAGAUUCUUUUGAAAGCAGGGGCAGAUCCAAACGCUACAGGAUGGGACACACCCUGGAUCACCGAGGUGGACGAAGAUGGUAGCAGAAGAGAAGUAAAGAGAUUCUCCGGCACUCCUCUGUAUAUGGCGAUUUCUGGAGAUAAUGUUGAUGUCGUGGAAUGCUUGAUCAAGAACGGAGCAUCGCUAGACUUUCCGUCCUCUGGGGUUACGCCAUUGACAGCAGCACUCGUUAUGUCGGCGUUCAAUGACAAUGGGAUGAAAAUAUUUCGGCUUCUUCUGGAUCAUGGUGCAGAUCCGAGAAUGAAAACAUGCGACCCAGUGUUCCAAGAUAAUCGGGGCUGGGGAGUGCUUCAUUAUGCAGCACAAUUUGGGAACACCGAGGCCAUAGAAAUGCUUCUCGGACACAAAGACGUCAAUGUCAAUGAGCGGACUGUGGGAGAAGAAGAGGUGGCAACCAACAUUUUGGAAGAUGACAAUGACAAUGGAUAUGUAGAGGGCUCUAGGGUUGAUGAGCAUGAUAUCGUAGACGAAGUUGAUAAAUGCAAGGAUAUUCAUGCUUCAUCUGAGAACGGCGAGGACGGUGAUAGUGAUAAUGAACCAAUUGAUUAUAUGCACAACAAGCUGGCUAAUGAUUAUGGCCAAGUGUCUAAUCUCUCACACAGUGAAGGCAGCGAUACCCACCAUUCCGAUUGCGAGACUAGCAUCAGCUCAGAAGAUUCUUUCUCAAUAGCACUAGGCUCAACUCCUUUGCACGUCGCAGUCCACUCUCAGAAUGUGAAAAUUGUCAAACUGCUAUUACGGAACGGCGCAGACAUGCAUGUUCCGAACAGUCAUGGAGUGUCAGCCAUGGGCCUCGCAUUGUCGUUUUGCAAAGACAGUUAUAAAGGCGACAACGAUGAAAUUUUGAGGUUACUGGAAGAGUUUGAUACAAAGGAGGUUAGUGAGGAGAGACGUUAG